UCUUGCAGAGAGUGUCACAGAUUAAAAAUUAAAUGCGACCGCGUCUGGCCUUGUUCAACAUGCAGGAAGCGGGGAUUUGCAGAUAUUUGUCCUGAUGGAGUAACAAUCUAUGUGAGUGUACUGGCUCAAAAGAAUCCCUCUGUCGAUGUUCCUCCUGUCUCGGAAAUCGAUGCUCGAACAUUGGCACAAGUCCGCGAACGAUGUGCUGCCCCUCCUCCUGGGCUGUUUGAAGCAGCUUCGUCUAUGUCCUCAGAAACGGAGGACAAGGCGCCGGCAUCCGUUACCUCGGUGAAGCUGGAAGAUGUUGCAAGUGUUAAGGAGGGCGAAAGUAGAGAGAAGUCGGAAGACGUAGAAGAAGAAGCAACAGAAGAGGAGUUUUUGGCACAGACAUAUGCCGUGCUGGCUUUGGGCACCUUGUACACGUCGCCUUCUGCUGUAAAUAAUCCCAGACGAUUGGCACACGCAUUCUUCGUACGGGCAGACUUGUGCUUGCAAAUAUCUCGGUACACCUGGCACUCGAGUUUGUAUUCGGUAAUUACUCUCAUUCUAAUGGCUCAGUACAGCAUCUCUUGUGCUCGUUUGGAGAAUUCGCAUUUCGCAUGGAACGCUAUUGGCACGGCUGUGCGACUUGCUACAUCUAUGGGCCUUCACCGUGAUGGUGAGGUUUUUCAACUGACACCGUAUGAACUACACAUACGCCGGCUUGUGUGGAGAGAAUUGCUGUUUUUCGAUCGAUUACAGUGUUUGGGUCUCGGUCGCCCGUAUUCUAUUUCCUCAUCACAGACUAAUGUUUAUGCUCCAAGCAAUAUAAACGACAUUGAGAUAAUGCCGGACAGUCCAUUCAUUCCAGAACCAGUCGAUAUGAACACGCGUACGGACGCUAGUUUUACGGUUUUUAAAAGCAAACUUUCGCCCGUACUUGCCCUUAUUUUAGACCGAGCUUUUCGGUUUAAACCCUCUUCUUAUACUGUUGUUAAGGAGCUGACGGAAAAGAUUCGCGAGGUGGAGAACGACAUACCUCUUUGGGCUCAGAACCUCAAUGCAUUGGAUGAAAGUUUGACGCACUCGCAGGUGAUGGAGGCACACUCUAUGCAUGUUCUCGUGCAGCAGAUUUAUCUGUAUCUUCAUCGGCCUUGGUUUGUGCUCGCAAUCACAAAGCCAGAGGAUAGGAGUAAGUAUCAGGAAUCCAUCACCAUAUGUACACAACAAUCACAUGCUCUUGUCAUGACUUUGUGCUCAAUGCUUUCUCGAGUGCCACCCGGGCCAUGCAAAUGGUGGGUAUUUCGCUUUCACUCAUUGAAUGCUGGUGUCAUUCAGGGUUCUUAUGCGCUUUGCUUUCCCAAAAACCGGUAUGCCUUUACCGCUUUUGAGGACCUGCAAUACAUGUGCCAGAUUUUCGAGCAUAUUCGUGGGACAAGUUCGAUUACUGCGAAGGACCUAAAAUUCAUGGUUCAACUAAAAGAUCGUGUAUAUCACACAUUGCAAAUGUCUUCACAAGGGCUUUCCACACUUCCAUCACUUGAUGAUAUUCCUUUCCUGCACUUCAACACGCCAAGUUCACGGAACAAUAGUCAAUCACCAAAAAGUGUUCACGAGACAACACCCACGGAAGUGGAAGAUACAGGGAUUGAACGGAUGCUGCCUCCGUUUGAGCAAGAAAAUCCUAUGCUGUUCAAUUCAACCGCAUGGCGUACGGGGACAACGACGACGCUUCAGGUACAGGGUCAAGAAUACUACUCUACAAUGUUAUCAAAUCGUCCGGCUCAGAGAUUCCCGUAUGAGAAAACAGAUGCACUAAACACGCCUCCUCUGCCGACUCAACCCAACAUUCCAAUGAAUUCAUCCCGGCCAACCGGUGCGUCUAACCUUCCCGCUAAUGAUUCCAAUUACGAGUUUUGGACCUCUGCCUUGAACGAACUAGGUAUGUAA